AUGGAAUACAUGGGAGUAAUGAGAGGUAGCAUCUUUUGUGAAGCCAAACAGACACAGGAUCAUGAUAGAUCUUGCGAAGGGAGUCCCGGAGAGUGGUCCGACGAGCUGGAAGCGAAUAGCUUUGAUUCUGGUAUCGACCAGCUUCCGGAUCGCAAGAUCCUAUUUCCUGCACUCUGGCAGUAUUCGAGACUCUCAAAGACGAUACCCCGGGAACGAGUUGGGAAGGCCAACUGCGUCAAUGAUUCCGAUGAUACGGAUGCUCACAUUUUCGACUGUACCACGAACUGUUACCUCUGCCACUCCCAGAACGGCGAGGCUAUUUACAAGAUAGAGGAAUUUAACAACGAUGAUGGCGAAGAAGAUGAAGAACUUGUUGAAUUUGUCGAGCUCCCAGUGUUUGAUGGCAAUUACGACGACGACGACGAUACGUUCGGUAGCACCAACCAUUCGGUAGCGCCACCGGUCAACCCUUGCGCGAACCACGGCGAGAAUUGGGAGCAAUGCAUACAUUGCGCGCGAGAGAGGCUUCGUGCAGAGGGAUGGGAAUUCCCCCAUCAUGAGGGUGAUGGCAAGGAUGAUGGCGAGAGAGGGACCAGUGGAGACAAUGAUAAAGAUGAGGACGAGCGGUCUAAAGCAGUCGAUGAUGGAAACGCAGGAAGAAAAGAAUGCAACACAUUUAGCAGGGUAUUCAUUCCACCAGCGGAAGGGGAACGGGCGUAUGCAAAAUUGAGUCCUGAUAGCACCAUCAUGCUUGAACUCUUCCCACCAGUUUUCUUUCCUCCCGCAAAAGACUCGGGAAUAGAAUUUGACGGUUCCUUCCUCAGAGGUCAAUCGCCGCAUCACAGUCACGGACAGACACAAGAGAUAUUUCCGCGAGCCAUUGCACCGCUACCAAAGCAUUUGAAGGGUUCAACGACAGAGACUUGUCAUUCGGCAGUCGCUGAGCAUACUGUUGGUCCCCUUCCUAAGCUCAUUGAGCCACGAGGUAUGCAGUUCCGACUCAUUGCUAGUGCAGGUGGUUGGUGA